UUGUGCGCGUGCAGCGGUGGCGGCGUUGCCAGGAUAAGUGGGCGUGGCUGGCUCUGCGCUUUGCCGCCGCUCGCUGCAGCUGUGUGAGAGGAAGAAAGAUGGCGGAGGAGGAGAAGCUCCCCGCAGGCUGGGAGAAGCGCAUGAGCCGCAGCUCUGGACGUGUCUAUUAUUUCAACCACAUCACAAAUGCUAGCCAGUGGGAGCGCCCCACUGGAAACAGCAAGAAUGGCCAAGGGGAGCCGACGAAAGUGCGAUGCUCACACCUCUUGGUAAAACACAACCAGUCUAGGAGACCUGCGUCGUGGAGGGAGGAUAAGAUCACUCGGAGCAAGGAGGAGGCCCUGGAACUAAUUAAUGGCUACAUUCAGAAAAUUAAAUCCGGGGAGGAAGAUUUUGAAUCCCUGGCAUCGCAGUUCAGCGACUGCAGCUCAGCCAAGGCAGGAGGAGACCUGGGUACUUUUGGAAGAGGUCAAAUGCAAAAACCUUUUGAAGAUGCCUCAUUUGCGCUGAGGACUGGUGAGAUGAGUGGUCCAGUAUUCACAGAUUCAGGGAUCCAUAUCAUCCUACGUACGGAGUGAAAGUGCCUUGGCAACACGCUUGGAAAGGAAAGGGUGGCGGGACAAAGGAACAAGAGAACCUUUUUUCCAACCCUCUGUGUGCUCUCUAUCCCUGAACAAACUUCAUAUCUAGCUUUUUUUAAUUUUUAUUUUUUAUAUAAAAAACCUCCCCUAAUUUCAUAUCUCAGUACCUUCCUUGGCACCUUGACACAAUGUUUUUCCCCAGCUGUAGAGAUGCAUGGUUAGCCAAGGCUGAAAACACAAUCGAAAUGAAGAGACACUAGCAUCUUUCAUAGGGCACAGCAAGGAGGAGGUCUUAAAGAAAAAAUAAAUCCACAGCCGCUUGAGUUUGAUAUUGACGAUUCCUCCAGUUCAGGAGACAGCGUCUGUGCUACAGGGUCAUACUUCAACGCUUUCAUUCCACAUCCAACUUAUAAUAGAGUUAUUUAUUACAGGCCUCCGCUCUGCUGAUGGCAAAAUGUAGCUCUUGGUGUUUUAGAUAGAAUGAAAAUUUGUUCUGCCAGUGUCCAUCUGUGUUUAGGUUAAAAAGUAAUUACAACCCCCACUCCACAGCUUGGUUGCCCAGAAUUCAGGGGUAUUCAGUUUUCUAACUGGCCAAUCACUGCUAAAUUGCUCUUGGAUAUGUAACAAGAGCCGUCCUUCAGCAUCGCCUGGCAGAUUAAAGCUAUUAUAAUUCAAAAAACAUACAGAGCCGUGACAAUGCAUACACGGAGCCCACUGCCCACAGGGCUCUUGUGUUUACUUCCGCAGAGGGGACCUUUUAUGUGUGCAUGCAAAGGGAUGCGUAGGUGGCCCUGCCCUCUCUGUGGAAGUGAAUGGUUAAGGUCGCCUUGAACAAGAAUUUAGCGUAUCGGAGCACACCCAGGACUCUGGAUCCAGAGGUCUGGUUUUUAACCUGCUGUUGGCUUCCAAUAUGCUUCGACUUAAAACUUGAAGAUGCCUUUUUUAAGACAAGCAAAAGAGGUUAACUAUCGGUACCCUUCCCAUGCAGCUCUCCCCACCCUCAAAGUUUGUACAAGUAAAAUUACCUUAGGAUAAACUGUGUGUUGACCAUUCCUGUGUGUGGUUCUUGAUGUUGAAGUGCCAUCCCAAGGGAGGGCUAUUAGAGUUCCAGGUUUUUGUUUUUGUUUCCUGAAGAGGCAGGACAUGAUCCAUUUGUGGUUUUAAAAUUGUAAAGUCACUCUUUCAGUUAUGCUGCAUUGCUUUGUUUAGUAAAAUCAAUAAGAUUCCCACCAAGUUAACUGCUUUGGUCGGAUGCAAGCAAGCUUUGUGUGUGUAUAUAUAUAUGUAUAGAGAGAGUGUGUUCCAGUUCUCUUAUGCAAGAAGAAAUUAAAAAAAGCCCUCGCCAAUGAAAUACCA